CCUUGUAGGCAUCAGUACAAGAGAUCGAGAGACAACCAAGACUUGCCUACGCCGCCAACUCUGACUGAAAAGUGCGUUUGGCUGCCACGGCGCAGACUUGGAAUGUCCGGUACGACGAAAGUCGGUCGAACCCUGCCAUCCGUUGCAUCUCAACUACUACGCUCCAAUCGGGUUGCGAUUUGCUGCGAAGAUGACAACAGACGACGGGAGUGCAGUGGCUGUGCAGGGCUUACGCUUUGCCCGGAGUCCACGAUAUCUGCCCCUAAUCCCGACAAGGGGUAG